UUAGAGGGGAAUGGAGAAGAAUAGGAGAAAAGAAGAGGGAGAGAGAGAGAGAGCGCAUGGGGAGAGGAGCACGGGGACUCGUGGUCAUAUCGUCACCUUCUGCCCCUGGGCUCAUUUCUCCAGGCGGAACCUCUGGGUAGGGGGCGUAAAAAGAUGAGGGAUGAUAACAACUUUCUGCCGUCCUGAAAAAAUUCCUUUUCAAAUGACAAUAAAAUAUUUGUUUCAAACAAAUCCGUUCCCAAACGGCUUUCGCCAUCCGAUCCGUUUUUCUCGCUCAGCUCUUAAUUAGCCUGCAGCCGGUCCACCUUCUCCUCCUCCUCCUGUUAUUUUAGAACGCAGGCAAGUGGCUGGAGUGUGGAGAGGAGUGUCCCAACGCGUUCUUUUUCUUUUGGUUUGGUUUUUUUUUAAGGUUUGCCGCACGUUUUGAGGGGUGGGUUGGGAGAGGAGGCAGAAGAAGAGAGAUGGGACGGGAAUGUCAUUGGAGCCGGUCUUUGGCAAGAGAGGAGAAGGUGAGCCCCGGAUGCAUGAGUGGCAUGUUCCACUACUUCGAUUUCCACCACCUUCUCUUCACUGCAAGCAGCCCAACCGUGCCACCGGAGUUGUCAUCUAAAGUUCACCACCCCACUUCUCAGCUCAAAGGAAUCGAGGCGCCGAGGAAUAGCCUGGAGCUGGACGAGGGGAAAGCGUCAUCAACUUUGGCCAUUCCUGAGGAGUAUUAUGAUGUCCCUGUUGGAAGACAAGUAGUUCCAAAACCAGCUGCAUUGCCCAGGAGGAGCAAGAUGGUAACGUUACUGGAGGAGGAGAGGAGAAGCUCGCUAGCCGAGACGCCGAGGACUCCCGGCGUCGUGGCCCGUCUUAUGGGCUUGGAUGUGCUGCCCGAAGAGGCCUCUUCUCCAACUACCCCGCGCCAAAAAUCUCCUCCACCGGUGGAAUCUCAGGAGCAAACUCAAAAGAAGAAGAAGAAGAAACAAGGGGAAUGUAAAAGAAAAUCGGUAUCCCCUCGACAACCCCUUCAAAGUAUAGACUGCAACGUUGCGGGCAGAUAUGAAGUGGGGUCCCGUUCGUUGCCAGGCUCCCCGAGAGUGUCAUCAGCCAGGUUAUGGGAUUCAGAUCCAAGGCUAUCUUUGCAGCUUAACAAGGAGAACACGAAUAGGGCCAUGCAGGAGUUCAGCCACUUGUACGAGGUGUCUGGCGACUGCUUGCUCCCACCUUCGCCAUUACCGUCUGUGACAAAGUCUAGGAAGAAAGAUCUUGGAAGGCACCAGAAUGAGAGCAAGAGCCCGAGAAGUAACUGUUACGCUCGCGAGAUUGUGAAGCAAGUAAAGGAAAGCGUCAGCAACAGGAGAGGAGGCAGCAGUAAUGCAAUUGCAGCCAGAUCAGAGCAGAAAGCAUCAUGCAAUGCUGAUACAUGGAGCCAGAGCAAGCCGCCAACGACGGAUCCACCACCAUCAUGUUCACCUCCUCGGGUGAGGUUCUUAGAGCCCCCCGCAAAGAACAAACCAGUGAAGAAUCUCAUUCCAAGAUCCCAGCUGCAACCGCAGAGAUUUACUCGCCCGCGAUCACCACCACCUUCUUUGCCAUCAUCUAAUUCCUUCAUAGGUCAAGGUAAUGCGGAAGCAAAGCCAGUUAGGAUAGGUCCAAGCAAGUGUAAGAAAGCCAGCUACGAGCGCUUCACUGGGAGGAUCAAGAAGCAGCAUCCAGGUUCUGAAACAGCAGCACGACCGGAUGCCUUAUCAUCUCCUUCUCAGCCCGCUUCCGUGCCACAAAAGCACCUCUCAGAAAAGAAGUGCAUCUCUAUCCCUUCUUUUGCUACAGUCAAAAGGAGGGAAGCAUCUCCUCCACCGUCAAGACCAGUACCAGAACCAAACCAUCAAUGUCCCUCCAGUUCGGUCCAAGAACAAAAAGUGAUGACCAUUGGAGUUGGAGGUGCUUUAAUGCCGUUGAAGACUCCCCGACGCCGUGUACCAAAGGAGAGGGAUCCCGAGUACAGAUACGUGUGGUCCAUUCUAGACCUAGCAGGGAUCAUGGGAGUAGCCAUCCCUUCCUUCAGAUGGUACUCUUCUUCUCUCCCAAUAGACCCCAUAAUCUUCCACCAGCUCGAGCUCGAGCUCCCCUCCUUCCCAACAGAAGAAGGUCAGCCGCAGAGCAAAAGCGCGGAGGAAGGGGCCCUCCUCGGCUCUCUGCGGCACAGAUGGAACAGGAAGCUCCUGUUCCAUCUGGUGGAGGAGAUCUUGGGAGAUCUCCUCGGGCGGUCAUGCCUCAUGACCAACCCCACCACCCAUCAUCAGAGUCAUCUAACCAAGCAACGAGACAUGGACCGCCGCGACAAAGCCGACGGCGAAUUGCUGCUGCAGGAGCUCUGGAGUCAGAUCCGGAGCUUCCCGGCGGCCGACUGCCAGGUUGUCGGCGACAUCGACGCACUCGUGGCGGGGGACAUGCCGGAGGCCAAGAUACGGCGGCUGCUGCUGCACCCCUCGGUGGUGGAGGAGGCGGAGGACAUCGCGUUGGAGGUCGCGCAGGAGAUCUUUGACGGCCUCCUCGGGGAGGCCGCGGCAUCUCUCUCCCUCGCCUCCCGAGGGAGGGACCUGACGUCACCUCAUUCCUAACGGAAACGGCGGGCGCUCAAAUCAUUGAGUUCAAGGAUGAGUCCGGUCACCGUCAUCAACCUUAACUCCUCUCUCUCUCUCUCUCUCUCCCCUUCCCGUCAUCGCGAUGCAUGAAAAAGGAGUACUUGCCACGUGUUGCUUGAAUGGCUAUUCAAAUGGGCAUGAUGACUUGCCUUGUAUGCAUAUAUUUGCUCGUUAUCCUUCCACUUAUUCCUGCCGUAUAAAAAGUAUACAUGACGCUUUAUUCUCUCCCCCUUUGGGUUUUAGGAGUUUUAUCCUUCCAGCCAUGUAUGCUGCUUUUGCUGGGGAACUGGGCAUUGUAACUUGUGAGCAUGUUACCUUUUUGUCGGGAAGUUUCCUGUUCUCAGGGAAUGGGGUAGGUAGUGUACUUGCUUACUGUUCUCUGUACCAUCCGCAACAUUUUAAUUGAAAAUUUGAUGGUUUUCCUUUUGAAA